AUGCUUUAUUUCAUAUUUGGCCUUUUCGUCUUAUCAAAUGUUGUUUUGGAAGGAAAUUGGCCAGAUACGUAUUCUUCUGACGAAGCAAUUGAGUUUAUCAAUCAAGUUCUUCCAGAAUUCAAAGAAACAGCAUUGAAAAAGAUCCAAAGUGUCGAAAAGCAAUCAAUUGAUACAAUAAUAAAUGUAUUAAACGAUACAAUUCCUGAAUAUGAACUUGGAAUGCUAAAUUAUUUACUAAGAACAAAAUAUUUUAAUCCAAGUGCUGUUUGUAAUCAACGAAAGCUCAAUCGAAAAGUGAAAUUACCCUUUUAUGGUGUCUAUCAUAAUAAUUCAAAGACUCUUCCUGACUCAACUAACUUUCAUUUCAAAUAUAUGUCAGCAUUAAAUAAAUUCGAUUCGCCGAUUGAUAAACUAAACUUUUUAACAGAAGUUUCAGCCAAUUUUUCCAUAUACGCUCCUAUAAUCAAUGAUAUUCCAGAAGAUGUUUUACUUCGUGAAGAAAUGAAGAAGAAAAAGUUCAAUACAGGUACAUCUUAUAUACUUCUCAAUGGUAGACAGAUCAGUAUCAACGAGUUAGACAUCAGUUCCGCCAUGGUACAAGAAUAUAAAAUGAAAAGAAUCAGUCAAAACUUAGGAUUAACAGAUGAACAGUUUUCUCGACAUUCAACGAUGAGUUAUUACAAUAAAUAUGUUCGUACAUAUGCCAGAGCUCCUCCAAGUGAUGCUUCAUCUACAUUAUAUGAUCCUGCAUCGAAACAUUAUAAUAAACCAAAAAGAGAAAAUUUUGAUUUCUCAUCAAAUUCGAAUUUCAUGAAUACUCCAAAGAAAAUGGUUGAAAUCAACAUGAUCAUAUUCCUUGAUGAUCCAGAGAGUCUCGGAAUGCUUCGUUUGGCCUUCGACCUUGAAAAGAAAUCAGAAAAUUAUUUGUUGAAAAUUCAUCCAACGGUUAGAAACUUAAAUGACACAAAACAACUCCAAAUCGUAACUGCUUUCUAUCAUGUUGCUUUCACAGUGUCAUCAAGAAACUGUGUUGACUUUAUCUUCGACAUAAUGAACGGAAUGAAACCAGAAAAAGCUUAUAAAAAGACAACACCAAAUGACAAAUAUAAAGAUGUGUUGAAACUCAAAGAUGAUGAUGCCGCUGUACAUGCUGUUCAUAAGAUAUAUAAUUAUACACAAGAGAUGAACAUUACUCAAUCAACUGCACUUAUAAAUAAUGUUUUCAUCUCUCAAAAACCUUUCAUGAUGACGUUUUUGGAUGAAUUGGAAGGACAAAUCAAUGAAUUAAAGAAAUUCGCAAAAGCAGGUAUUUUCAAAAUGAAUGACAACGUGGAUGAGUUCUUAAGUAACAAUAGUAUCUAUAUUAAAGGAAUGUAUCCACCUCUGAAUUUGAAUGACGAACGUUUUGUUUUUGAAUUUGAUGAUUCAAAUCACAUUGAAAUUUCUGAAGCAAUUGAAAAAAUUCUGAAGUCGGAAAAGAUAAUAAAUGAAAACAAUGAAACAUUACCUGUUGCCGUAACGUAUGGUUAUGAUACUAAUGUUAAUGCAACAGCUGUUAUUCAUCAAGAAGAAAUUCCUGAAGUUGUUAAAAAAGUUUUUAGACUUGACUCUAAAAAAGCAACAAUUAUUCCACCAUUUGUUUUCGAUAGACAAUUAACAGAUGAUGAAAUAGAUUACGCAUGCAAGGUAGUACAGAAAACAUAUAUGAUUUAUUUCAAUACUUCUUCAUUGGUUGAAAGAACAUUUGCUUUGUUUUGGAGAGGAGAUAAUCACGUGAAGAAAGCUUGGAGAUUUAAUGUUAAACCUGAAAACGCGAUUAUUGAUAUAAACAAAGAACAUCCUCUCCAAUUCAUUGUAGAACAAAGUCCUUUGUCUGAUUCUGCACCACAAACAUUUAUUCCUCUUUCUAAAAUCGUAAAAUACGGUGCUGGAGGAGUUAAAUAUUCUUGUGUUUGGCCGACAACAAAUGGAAACUUUGUUGGUGAAUCAUUAUGGUUUAUGUACACUGUUCCUAGUGAUGAUUGCAUUGUACAAGCAAAUAACUUUAAUAUGAUUGUUUAUCCAUCGGAAUCUAUUGGUGUUUCGAGAGUUGGAGAAACUUCUUUUCUUGUUACAAAUUUGUUUGCGGAAGGAUUGGCUUUGAAAGGCCAAGGAAACGUUGUUGACGUCAAAGAUAAGCAGUAUUAUGUUUUGUCUAAUGGUUUCUGUAUUAUUCCCGCUGCUCCGGGUGUUUAUUCAUCAUUUAAGAUGGACAGAUUCGAAUUCCAUCGAAUUUAUCCAACAAGAACUGUUUUAAACAAAACAAAGAUGAAUAUUGAUGAAACAGCUUUUUUGAUUACAACAAAAACUCCGCAUCCAAGUCAUAAUUAUGGCUUGAAUUCAAUGAGAUCGGCAUUGAGUUUAAGGAUACCAGUAUUCACGCAAAAACCAGAAGAUUAUCCAUUUAUUCCUUUACCUAAUUUCGUUCCAAGAUUUUUGGAUAGGAAGGAAGAUCCUUCUCUUUGGCCUUUCCAAAAGUUUAUCUUUUCCAAUCUCAUUUUCCCAACAUCUGUCAAGCAUGUUAUCAUAUCCGAUAAUGACGUGCAAUGGCUGGAUGACUUGUAUUACGUCUGCAACAGCGACAUGAAAGACAAUGCAAUGAUUAUUUCUUCUGUAACAUCAAGGAAAUUAAGUAAGGAAAGACAGAAGGAAAUAAACAGAAGAAAUGGAAGACCAUUGAUUUCAGGAGCUGCUUUUAUUAUAGAUAUCAAUAAAUUCCACGAAAUGAAUGGUGGAAACUACAUGUUUGAUGUUGUAAGAAUGCAUCAAAAGGCAGGAGGAUUGCAUGGAAAGAGAGGAAAUAACAUUAUGACUUUGAUGCAAUUUUACGUCCAAUCUUUGAUUGUUGAAGCUGAAAUUGGUGUCCAAAGAGGUUUGUCUAAUGGAUUGGAAUAUCACAAUGCUAUAUCAAGAGUAUGGCAAGUAUAUGAUUCAGAUCCAGCUCCAAGAGAUUAUCUAUGA